AUGGAGGUAGAAAAUGAAGCCAGCUGCUCUCCGGGCAGCGCAUCAGGCGGGUCCAGAGAGUACAAGGUGGUAAUGCUGGGCGCAGGGGGAGUUGGUAAAAGCGCAAUGACAAUGCAGUUUAUUAGUCAUCAGUUCCCUGAUUACCAUGAUCCUACUAUAGAAGAUGCUUAUAAGACCCAGGUCAGGAUUGACAAUGAACCAGCUUACUUGGACAUCUUGGACACCGCUGGACAGGCAGAAUUCACAGCCAUGAGGGAGCAGUACAUGCGAGGUGGGGAGGGCUUUAUCAUCUGCUACUCCGUCACUGACCGCCAGUCAUUCCAGGAGGCUGCCAAGUUUAAAGAGCUCAUUUUUCAGGUCCGCCACACCUAUGAAAUUCCCUUGGUGCUGGUGGGUAACAAAAUUGACCUGGAACAGUUCCGUCAGGUCUCUACAGAAGAAGGCUUGAAUCUGGCCCGAGAAUAUAACUGUGCUUUUUUUGAGACCUCUGCAGCCCUCAGAUUCUGUAUUGAUGAUGCCUUUCAUGGCUUAGUGAGGGAAAUCCGCAAAAAGGAAUCCACGCCAUCCUUGAUGGAGAAGAAACUGAAGAGAAAGGACAGCCUCUGGAAGAAGCUAAAAGGCUCCUUAAAGAAGAAAAAAGAAAACAUGACAUGA